AUGUGGCGGCGGCGGGCGCGGGGCGGGGGGCGGUGGUGGCCGGCGGCCGUUCUGCUGCUGGCGCUGGCGGUGCCCGCGGCGCGGCCCCGAGAGCUGUACUCGGCCGCGGACCCGCUGGAGCUGCUGGGCGCGGAGGCCGAGGGGAGGCUGCUCGGCUCCCCCAGCGCUUGGGCGGUCGAGUUCUUCGCCUCCUGGUGCGGGCACUGCAUCCACUUCGCGCCUACAUGGAAGGCCCUGGCCCACGACCUUCGCGAGUGGAGGCCUGCAGUGAUGCUGGCAGCCAUUGACUGUGCCGACGAAGCCAACCAGCAAGUGUGCGCUGAUUUUGGGAUAACUGGCUUUCCCACGCUGAAGUUCUUCAGAGCUUUUAGCAAGAAGGCAGAGGACGGGAUAAGGAUUACCAAUCCCAGUGCCACCGUCGAGGACCUGCGCCAUGCCAUCAUCACCAACCUUGAGCAGAGCCAGGAUGCCUGGCCCCCUUCCUGUCCUCCACUGGAGCCAGCGAGCGUGGAGGAAGUUCACACCUUCUUCCAAAGGAACCAAGACCAGUACUUGGCACUCAUAUUUGAGAAGAGCAACUCUUUCAUAGGCAGAGAGGUGGCACUGGACAUGCUGCAGUAUGAGAAUGUGGCAGUGAGGAGGGUGCUGAGCAGCGAGGAGGAGCUUGUGGAGAAGUUUGGCGUCACCACCUUCCCCUCUGCCUACUUGCUCCUCCGCAACGGCUCCUUCUCCCGCCUGCCCGUGCACAUGGAGGCACGCUCCUUCUACACCUACUACCUGCGCACGCUCUCAGGCAUCACUCGUGGCUCCUACAAGCUGAACACAACCAUCACAGUUUCCAACGAGACCAAUGUAUCCCAGCCAAAGCAUGCUGACCGCUCCAAGGUGUACAUGGCCGACUUGGAGUCCACGCUGCACUACUCACUGCGGGUGGAAGCAACCCGUGUCGCCACACUGUCAGGAGCCCAGCUGGCCGCCUUCAAGUGCUACGUAUCCACACUGGUGAAGUACUUCCCAGGGCGCCCGUGUGUGCAGACCUACCUGCAGUCCCUGGAUAUAUGGCUGAAGAACUGGACAGAGCCUGAACUGCCCCGCAACGUCUUGAAGGAGGCCAUGAAGAAUAACAGAGAUGCCUCCCACCCUGCUGUGCUCCCCACCAAUGUGACCUGGGUGGGUUGCCAGGGCAGCGAACGCCAGUUCCGUGGCUACCCCUGUGGGCUCUGGACCAUCUUCCACCUGCUGACUGUCCAGGCUGCCCAGAGCGGCCCCGACAAAGAGCUACCACUGGAGGUGCUGAGCAUCAUGCGUUGCUAUGUCCGGUACUUCUUUGGCUGCCAAGAGUGUGCCCAGCACUUUGAGGCCAUGGCGGCUGAGUCCAUGGACCGGGUGGCAAGCCGGAAAGAGGCUGUCCUCUGGCUCUGGUCCCACCACAAUGAGGUCAACGCGCGCCUGGCGGGAGGUGACACGGAGGACCCCAAGUUCCCCAAGCUGCAGUGGCCUCCGCCGGACAUGUGUCCCCAGUGCCACAAGGAGGAGCGGGGUGUGCAUGCUUGGGAUGAGCCGGCUGUGUUCACCUUCCUCAAGGCGCACUUCUCCCCAGCCAAUAUUUACAUGGACUAUGCUGAGGCUGACCCCAUUGUCAUGGCUAGAGAGGGGACUGGUGCCAGGCUGGGCACUGAGGGCCCACGAGUGGUGAGGGAGAAGGAGGAAGAGGAGGAAAAGGAGAGGGAGGGUGACAUGAGAGCCCUGGGGCGGCCAGGCUCCUCUGAACCAAGGCGCCCCAGCAUUGUGCGGCUGAACCCCAAGCUGCGAGAGGUGGGUGAAGACAUUGUGGACCUGGACUCCUUCAGCGAGCAGCACUUCAAGAGCCAGGCACUGCGAGCGGCAGCCAGCCAGCACCGGAGGCUCAGCAAGCGGGACACCAUCGCCCUGCUCCGGGAUGCCAGGGGAGGCCAGGAGCAUCGGUGGCCUCCCGGCGUCCAGGUCCAGGAGGAGGAGGCUGGGGAGGGCGUGAGGAGGAGCCCCUGGCUGCGGGUGCUUGGCUUGGGCUUCUCCCGGCUGGACAUCAGCCUGUGCGUGGCCCUCUACUUCCUCUCCUCCAUGUGCCUCCUGGGCAUGUAUACUUUCUUCCGCCUCCGCACCCGUGCCCGGAAAGGCCGCUCCAGCUUCCCCGUGGCCUGAGAGCAGUUACAGGGAUGAGGGGCUGCCCCCAGGGUGGGGUGGGUGGGCUGCUGAUCCAAGGCACCCUUGGGCCAGCAUUUUGUCCGCAGUGGGAAAUGGUUUGGUGUAUCCUGCCCAGGAGCUGCCCGCUUGCAGCAGUCAGCUCACCCGGGGGGGAUGGAGGGUGGAGAGCUCUUUCUGAGGGGGAAAGGGAUGUCAGAGCAUCCCCCCUCAGGUUGCAGGCAGGAGGAGGAACACUGGUUCGUGUCUCGGCACCAGCUCCCCUUGGAGCUGCUUGGACUGGUUUCAAAGGGGGAAAUUCAGUCCCAUGCUGGGGAGCAGCCCUUUAGGGUCAAACCACUAGUGGGGCCAGGAGGGUGGGGGUUUAGCCCCUCAAAAGCUAGGCACUGCUGGGCAGGGGGUGGCAGACUCCAUUAGGGGGUUUCAGCAGCAUUAUGUGUGUGUCCCCCUUUGAGAAGCGGAUGGGGGCCCCACUGUUCCUUGCCCUCUCACUGCGCUGUUGCUCACUUAAUGCUUGUCUUAGUGGAAUAAAUUAUUUUUGCCUAUGCUGGCCCCGCUGUGUCAGCUGGUCCCUGCUGAUCCCUGCCGGUCCCUGCUGUGUGGGCACACAUGGCAGCACCUCUCCUCCCUGCCAUCCCUCACUGCUGGCUGUCCUGCUCUGGUCUCCCCCAUCACUCCAGGAAGAGCACUGUCUUGAUUUAAUCCUUUAAAUGUUUUUAGCUGUUGUUAUUGUAUAUUUUCUCCUGCUUUUUGCUUCUGGAGGCACCUGUGGCCCCCAUACAGCCAGCAUGUCCCCAUGGUUGGGGUGGCUCACGGUUUGCUCUCAGGUGGAGUGAUAGGGAGGGAGCCUGGGAAGGGCAGGAAGCUGCAGGGAAUUAGCUGAUGUGAGCCGUGAAGCUGUGGUUCGGUGCUGGCCAUGCCCAUGGUGCAGAGCAGGGAGACACUUGUGAGCAUCCCUCUGGGGAACAAGGCUUCCACGGGUGCAGAUGCCCUGUGCCUGUCCCCGAUUCUUUCUGCCCUUUUAUCCUUGUUAGAAAUCAUUAAGGAAAAUGGUUGUUUUCCAGAGCUAGGGCCGGAGCCAUCUGCUCUCCCAGCGCUGCCUAAAUCCCCCUGUAACAAAUUCAUUGGGAUUAUGCUGCCCUCCCUUAAUCCCAGCCCUUCCCCCCACACGGGGGAUUUAAAAGGAUUAAAGCCUCACCGAUAAUAAACUUCAUUAAGAGGGAGGGGGGGUGUCAAUCCGAUUUGGAGCCUUUUUCUUGAUAUCUUCACUUUGCCCAGGUGGGAGGCGAAGGUUGGCAGGAUGGGGAAGGAGGGCAGCCAGCUCUGCUGCCAACCACACACUGCAAUCUCUGGCUUCUCUGGCCCUUGCUCCCUAACCUGCUCUUGAAAUAAAUUGUCUUGCUCUGGC